GGCGAUGAACUGCGGCGAGCCCAAGGAGAUGGAAGCCGCGGCUGCUCACUUCAGCUUUUGCCAGAACCUGCUAGAACACACCGUGUCAGCGGAGAACCUCAACUACCGCCUGCAGAGGACCUCAGGUGCCAGCCUCACCUGGCAUGAUGGGCGGAGCCAGAGGUCGGCGGGAGGGAGGACUGUUAAACUCCUGCAGCAGCCCGGGACUGAGGGCUCCCAGGGACGGAACUAUGACCACUACGGCAUCUACCACACCAGCCCGACGCUCGGCAGCCUUACGAAGCCGGUGGUGCUGUGGACGCAGCAGGACGUGUGCAAAUGGCUGAAGAAGCACUGCCCGCACAAUUAUCUCAUCUACGUGGAGGCCUUUUCUCAUCACGCUAUCACAGGCCGGGCGCUCUUACGGUUAAAUGCGGAGAAGCUGCAGCGCAUGGGGAUUAUCCACGAGUCCCAGCGGCAGGAAGUCCUCCAGCAGGUGCUCCAGCUGCAGGUGCGGGAAGAAGUCCGCAACCUACAGCUCCUCAGUCAAGCUUCUUACGGAAACGUCUCCUAACCCACCACCUGUCCGGCGGCAGACUGGCGCAACACUGUGACCUGAAACAUCUCUGGGAUGAUGGACGGUGUGGAC